GUCGUGAUACCUAAUUGCAGCACCUAGAUGCAAAUCAUUCUCUUAGUAACAGUCUCGGUCGCGGUUUUAGCCUACAUACAUAUUACACUCGAAACAAACAUCUUUAUUUUACUCGUUCGUACCCAAACAUGGAAAACUUAUUCGUAAAAAACGUGAUUGCCAAUUUAGUCGCGUACAAAGUGGAUAUUUUCGGCGAAGGAAGUAAAUAUCUUGGAUUUGAAUCAGAAAUGCUGGAUGAAAACGGAAAUCAAAGAGUUCAGCAUGGUUUCAAUUCAACUCAACUCUACGGUACCAUUUUGUACGAAAAUGCAGAAGGAGAUGUACUGAAAUCUAAACCAGUCAUGAUCAAACUCCCGCCUAAGGUAGCGAUCUCCGAAUGGAUUUCGUUUUCUUUCCUCAACGAAAUGAUUUUCUUCACAAAAAUGCUGCCUGUUCUGAGCACGCCGGAAGUUCCAUUGUUUCAUUUAUUUCCGAAAUUUUACCACGGUGAGAUGAAAUUCGACUCGGAAGAAGACAACUCGGUGAUAAUUCUCGAAGAUUUGGCAGCCAGAGGAUACAGAAUGGCUGAGAUGAAAUCGUUCUUGAAUUACGAGCAUUUGGCUAUGAUGAUGCGUAAACUAGGUCAGUUUCAUGCUCAUUCUUAUGAAGCUAAGAACACGGUACCUCUUUCAUUUUACCCUUUGGCUGAUAAUUGUCAAGAAACCAAUUGGAUUCUGAAUCACAAAAUGUUCGAUAUGUUGGCCACAGUUUCUCGGCGUGGAUUACAAUAUUUGAAACGAGAUCCCGCGUACUCGGCUUUUAUCCCGAAGAUAAGUGAAAUGAUACAGGUAGAUAAUAUAGAGGAUAUUUUCAAACAAAUUUUUAUCGAAAAAUGUGCAGAUCCUGUGUCUGUAAUUGUCCACGGAGAUUAUUGUAGAAAUAACGUCAUGUUCAAGUAUAAAAAUAAUACUCCCGAUGAUCUAGUCAUGUUGGACAUGGCGACGUGUCGUUAUGGAUCACCUGUGAUCGAUUUAGUCACCGUUAUGUAUUUGAAUGCCGACCAAGAAAUGAGAAACAAGCACUGGAAUGACUUGAUCGACGAGUAUUAUACCUCGAUGAAGGAAACAUUUCCUGAUAAUCGUAUUCCAACCAAAGAUGAAAUUUUAUCAGAAUUCAUCGGGAAAUCAUUCUACGGGUAUUUAGUGGCGUCGUACUUUUCACCACAUCUCAUUGCCGACGAUAACAAAAUACGUUGUACGAAUUUAGACGAAUGUCUACAACAACCAGAUGAAGAUUCAACUCCUGCUAAAGCUGAAACUUCUGUUGUGGAUAAAAUAAUUAAGUUGACCCUGCGUGCAGGUGGAGAUGAAGCUACUCGGGCUUUGAGUGAUAUUCUUCGUGAUUUGAUUGAUAGAUGUUUCAUUUGUAAAUGAGCUCGAUUGUUAUAUCGUAAUUUUUAUUUUUAUUUUUUUUUUUCAUUUGAUUUGUUAUUUGAAUAAAAUGUUCUGUUCAGAAA